UUGAAGAUAUGGUCUUUACAUCUCUUUCCAGUAUUCCAGGGGAGGGAACCCUACCUGUUUCCCAGAUACUGACUUUUCAUGUUAAUACUGAUGCUCCUAUAGACAUUAUAUUGGAUCCCAGAAACUUUCCAAACCUGUGGUUCCACCUAAAAUUUUUUCUGAUGACUUGUUACUUAGUGCCUAGGCACCAACCAGUGCAGUAGUGAGUAUCCAUCUUACUUAGACUUCAGAGCCAACCAGUGGCUGUAAUGGAUGAACACGCCGUCCUGCUCCCCUUCCACCACUGCUUGCCGGCGUGUUACACUGCUCUCCUCUACAGUACAGGGUCCUGAACCUUGUUUCUCACUGGCUACUAAUGUGUAAUGGCUUUGACUCAGUCCUGAUGUGUGACAAUCAUCUUGUUGGCCUUCUGUAUCCAGGAAGAAGUAUAGUCACUGUCCUAAAGAGCUCAGAUCCUCAGUUUGCAAAAGGCCUGUAGUUGAACAUAAAAUGAAUUUUGAACCAUUGAGAAGACUUUCUACUUCUCUUGAGCCACUGGUUGAACUCGUAUUCUUGGACAACCUGCUCAAGAGGGAGAGAGACCCUCUGUUAAAUGCUGAACUAAUGUGGAUUGUUGAAGCAAUGGUGUUUACUGCUAGCAGAGAAAACUUCACUGGAAAUGUUCCCAGCUCUGAAAUGCGCCAUUGACUGGAGAGUUAUAAGCCCAAUGGAGACAGUGCUGUAAGAGUAUUACUUCUGAAUGUUAACAGCUGGAGGGCGAUACUAUCUCCAAGGAUUUGAUGGCCUUUAAAAACUAAGGAAAACAGAUUGCUGCUAAAAUUGAUUCAAUUCCUCACUUGAAUAAUUCCGCACCUCUAGUGGACCCCUCAGUGUAUGGAUAUGGAGUACAAAAGCGGCCUGUGGAUGAUGGAGUAGGUAACCAGUUAGGGGCCUUGGUACAUCAAAGGGCAGUAAUAACAGAAGAAUUUAAAGUGCCUGAUAAAAUGGUUGGAUUUAUUAUUGGCAGGGGAGGUGAGCAGAUUUCACGGAUUCAGGCAGAAUCUGGUUGCAAAAUUCAGAUUGCUUCAGAGAGUUCUGGGAUUCCAGAGAGGCCCUGUGUACUUACCGGAACCCCAGAAAGUAUUGAACAAGCCAAACGGCUCCUGGGGCAGAUUGUGGACCGCUGUCGGAACGGGCCUGGUUUCCAUAACGACACAGACGGCAACAGCACUGUCCAGGAGAUUCUCAUCCCCGCGUCCAAAGUGGGUCUGGUCAUCGGCAAAGGCGGGGAGACGAUAAAGCAGCUGCAGGAGCGGACCGGUGUGAAAAUGGUCAUGAUCCAGGAUGGCCCGUUGCCUACGGGAGCAGACAAACCUCUUCGAAUCACCGGAGACCCGUUUAAAGUACAGCAAGCAAGAGAAAUGGUAUUAGAGAUUAUCCGAGAAAAAGAUCAAGCUGACUUCCGAGGUGUGCGCGGCGACUUCGGCUCCCGCGUGGGAGGAGGCAGUAUAGAGGUGUCUGUGCCUAGGUUUGCUGUUGGGAUUGUAAUAGGAAGAAAUGGGGAAAUGAUCAAAAAGAUCCAGAAUGACGCUGGAGUCAGGAUUCAGUUCAAACCAGACGACGGUAUUAGUCCAGAGAGAGCUGCACAGGUCAUGGGACCCCCAGAUCGAUGUCAGCAUGCGGCACAUGUCAUCAAUGAGCUUAUUCUUACGGCACAGGAAAGAGAUGGCUUCGGAGGCCUCGCGGUAGCCAGAGGAAGAGGCCGUGGCCGCGGUGACUGGAGCGUGGGAGCCCCUGGCGGCAUCCAGGAGAUAACAUACACAGUGCCAGCAGACAAAUGCGGCCUUGUCAUAGGCAAAGGGGGUGAGAACAUCAAAAGCAUAAAUCAGCAGUCAGGAGCCCACGUGGAGCUGCAGCGGAACCCCCCUCCCAACACCGACCCCGGCCUACGAAUAUUCACCAUCCGGGGCAUCCCUCAGCAGAUCGAGGUGGCCAGACAUCUCAUAGAUGAGAAAGUUGGCGGUGCCAGUCUCGGAGCCUUUGGACAGAGCCCCUUCAGCCAGCCACCUGCCCCACCUCAUCAGAAUGCCUUUCCUCCGAGGAGCUCAGGGUGCUUCCCCAGCAUCGCUGCCAAAGUGAACGGAAACCCCCACAGCACCCCUGUGAGUGGUCCUCCGGCCUUCCUGACCCAGGGCUGGGGCAGCACCUACCAGGCGUGGCAGCAGCCCACACAGCAGGUCCCAAGCCAGCAGAGCCAGCCGCAGAGCAGCCAGCCUGACCACAGCAAGGCCUGGGAAGACUAUUACAAAAAGCAGAGUCACGCUGCGAGCGCCGCUCCCCAGGCCAGCUCCCCACCCGACUACACCAUGGCCUGGGCCGAGUAUUACAGGCAGCAGGUCGCUUUCUACGGGCAGACACUAGGGCAAGCCCAGGCCCACAGCCAGGAACAGUAGGACAUGACCUGCGGCUCGUCUUCCCCGAAGACCUUGUGAGCAAAAACCUAUUUGUAACAGAGGUUUUUAGAUUUGCAAACCUUUUGAUGAAGAACCUUUGUUUUGUUCUGUGAAACACUAUAUUUAGAUUAACAGAAUUUUUCUAAAAAUCGGGAAAAUUAGUUACUAAAAAUUGCUGAUAAUUUUUGUUCUAUUAUUUUUGUUUGUUAUUUCAAACAUUUAAGCUCUGGGAUUCUUUGCAGAGCAAUAACCUGCAAAUCCAGGCAUCAGAAUGUGCCUCGGAGCAGUGACAUUUCAACAUGGUGUGUUUUCGUUCUGUUUUGUUUUGUUUUGUUUGCGUGUCUUUUUAUUUACAGUUUUUCUGUUGCAACAGAGAGUGGCUUGGAAGUCUUAGGUGGUAUGUAACAAAUUCUUUUUAAAAAUUUUUAAACAGUAUUUAAAUAUUCUUAAAUGUGUAAAUUCAUUAAAUGUUUUACUUCUAAUUUCUUAUACCUUGGCUGUCUGGUUUUAUUGCAUUUUUUGAAAAACUGAACUAUUAUGUAUUGUAAUUAAUUAUGUGAAUUCUGAAUUGAGACAGAUAAUUGCUGUCAAACAGGGAUUGGGAGGGGGCAUUUUAUAGGGUUUGUAUAAUUUCUAGAGUUCUAAAGGGGUAAUAUAAAAAUGUGUUCAUGUGUUUAGCAUACGUUUUUUUCAUGUCUCCAUUACUGGUUCCAAAUGUGUAUCUAAGACCUCCAAGCUUGUUUUAAAAAACAAAACAAAAAACCUUUCUCUAUUCUCUCAGAAAUAUAAAUACUGUUAUUUUUAAUAUUAAAAAGAAAUUCAGUAUAACUUUUAACAAACACUGUGGAACAUUAAACUGCAUAAAAAGGUAGUAACUAUUUUUUAAUUCCAAGGUGUUUCUUGCUUUUUUUCUUUUAAAUAUUUUCUUAAUAUUUGCCAGAUUAACUAGAUGAAUGAAUAAAUCUAGUUAGUAUUAACCACAAUAUGAAUUAAAUAAUUUUGGUUUAAUAAAAGGGAUAAUAUGAUUUCCAAUGUUUACUGUAGUGUAUCUUGUACAGAUAACAUGUAUUUUUAAAGGAAAGAAAAACGGAAUCGAAGCUAUUUUUUCUUGCAUUUUUAAUUGAUCUGAGGGACAUUCCGUUUGAAAUGUACUGACGUUACAGUUCUGGUUUUUCUCAUUCUCUUUAUAAUGCUUGAAAUGUCUAACCAUUAAAAAAGGCAAUUGGAAAAUGUUAUGCA